AUGGUCGUCAACAAUCCCAACAAUUGGCACUGGGUCGAUAAAAAUUGUAUCGACUGGUCGAAGGCUUACUUCAACGAAAAGUUGGUUGGAAUUUCUGCCUCCAACGCAGACUCUUCAGUCAAGGUGGCCUCUGUGUCUUCAGUAGAAGGUGAUGUGGAGGUUUGCCAGAGAAAAGGAAAAGUCAUUUCGCUUUUCGACUUGAGACUAGUCAUGGCAAUCGAAGGAACCGCUGGCAAGGACUUCAAGGGCAGCAUCACUGUUCCUGAGUUGGCCUACGAUACCGAGGCCGACGAGAUCCAAUUUGAUGUCAGUAUAUACAACGAGGACUCGGAGACGGAAAAAGGUCGGCUCUUGACUAGAAAGGAGCUUGUUCCAAAAUUGAGAGAUAUCUUGCUGUCUUUUGGCCGCGACUUGAUUGCCAUUAAUAGCGCAGAUAUUCAACUAGAGAGUGACAAGGUCAAUUCUGUGUAUACCAAGGCCAACCAGGAAGCCAGCAGUAGCGCUAAGUCCACCAAGUCUGAGUCUCGUGCUCCUUCAGCUGCUUCAGUUUCCACCUCUGCUUCAGCUUCGACCAAAACGGAGGCUAAGUCAGAGUCAAACUCUUCUUCUGUCCCUCGCUACAACACCUCCACAUUGCACUUGGAACCCACCUUCAACACAACUGCGGAGCAAUUGUAUGUGACGUUGUUGGAUAGCCAGAGAAUCGCCGCGUGGUCGAGAUCGGCACCUCAGAUGGAGUCGUUCCCUCCAAAGGAAGGAUCUGAAUUCAAGCUUUUUGGGGGCUCCAUCAGUGGAAAGUUUGUCAAAUUGGUGCCUAAUGAGCACAUCACGCAGUUGUGGAGACUAGAAGACUGGAAAGCCGGCCAUUAUGCGGAGCUUGACAUUCAAUUGAAGCAGGGUGCUGGCGAGACUAUGAUGGUAGUCAAAUGGAAGGGAAUUCCUAUUGGACAGGAGGAUAGAGUGAGAGGCAACUUCGAGGACUACUAUGUUCGGUCCAUUAAGAUCACUUUUGGAUUUGGAGCUGUUUUAUAG